GUGUGGUGGUGCCAGGCAGGAGACUCCCGUGACGACAGGCAGACCGAGGCGAGACGUCAUACUGAACUAUUUGGCACGAAGCCCUACGACUUCAUCCGAGUAACAAGAUUAUUUUUAGCUGAGUGAGGUUCGCCAAGAGCUGUGAUCAUGACUGAGGAGAAGACCGGCGUCAAAAACGGCGCAGCAAACACUGAAAUGGCACCGCAAGAAGACGGUACUAAGGUUCCCCUGACCAACGACAGCCCUGAGCAGGUGAAGUUUACGACUGGCAAUGAUCCACCAAAUGGAGAUGUCAAGAUUGACUUGCCAGCCCCAACCUUCAAUGGACUAUCUAAGGAGGAGUUGAUGAAAUAUAGUGAUGACCCAUUUUGGAUUCGGCUUCGAUGGGCUCUUUUCAUCUUAUUCUGGGUGGGUUGGGCUGCAAUGUUGGUGGUAGCAAUUGUGAUCAUUAUUCAGGCUCCACGCUGUGCUCCAAAGGAAACACUUGACUGGGUUCAGGAAUCUGCGAUGAUUAAGUAUGAUUUGAAUGCCCCUAUUGAAGCUGACAACACUACUGGUGAAACUCAUGAGGACUUGAUCAAGAUGGCAGCAGACUUGGGUAUUACAACUGUGUAUUUAGAAGACCUCAUUAGUCCCCAAGACUUUGAGAAUAUCAACACAGGUCUUUACACUAAGAACGAUGUUCUUAAUGUUCUAAAGGCAGCAAGUGCUAAUGGUCUGCAUGUGGUGACAGACUUUGUGCCAACACAAGUGGGAGAAGACAAUACAUGGUUCCAGGAUCCUGAAAUGAAAAGUUUCUUCAAGCCCAAUUCUAGGGACCUGGACUUUGGUAACUCGGGCCUCUUGGAAAAGCUUACAAAACUGUUCAGUGGUGUAUGGAAGGAAAAGGGUGUUGAUGGCUACUUGAUGAAGAUAGCAGACACAGAAGAGUUACUGAAUGCCAGCAUCAUACUAAACAAGAAUCUAGAGGCAGUUGAUGGGGCUGUUGUGCAUGGUAUUGUAGACCUGAUGCAAGAACUGGUGGCGGGCUUUGAAGCCAGGAUAUACCGAGAGUUCCUUGACGAACACGCUAUUGAUAGUUGGUCUUACUACAAGUUUAACCCCACAGUAGCCCAAGGAAAGAUCUCCGAAGACUAUGUGCGUUUGGUGACCCUCUCUCUCUUCUUGGUGCCUGGGACCCCAAUCCUUGAUGGAAUUAAUAAUACUUAUUUUGAAAAUCAGAAAACCUUUAUAAAGUCUCUCUCUGAUAUCCGAGAGAAAGAAUCCGUUCAAGUGGGCAAGAUGAACUUUGUUAAUGGGACAGAUGAAGAUGUCAUAGCAUUUGCCAGGAAUCCAGUGAUGAAGGGCACACCCGGUUAUGCUGUUGCUAUAAACAUGCAUAACUCCAAUAAUGCCACGGUUAAUUUCACAUCAAUUCCGGGGGUGUCUGAUAAGGGUGACAACGCAUUGAGGUCAACUGUUGAUAUUGCAGUUAACAGCCACAAUCUUGGACGAUCAGACAUGUCUUCAGUGUUCUUAGGGCCACUGGAGGGUUUAGUCAUACAGUUUGUGCCAAGUUUCUAAACUGUACGUGAAGGAUGCAGCAAGUUGAUCCUCUGAAAUUUGACUGCAGCUUACAUACCGAGCACUGUAACUGACAGUUGCUCCUAUAUGCUCGGGACGAUUAUUCCCCUGCAGGCAACUCUCGUAGACUGACUCGCACACCUGAAUGCUUUUUUAUUUUAUUAAAUUUUUAGAACAGCUGUUAUAAUUUUAAUUGUUCGUGCUGUAAUGAAAACUAUUG